AUGCCCAGAGGAAGCAGAAGCCGAACAUCGAGGAUGCCCCCUCCAGCGGCGUAAGUUUAAUAUUUUAAGACAUUUUCUUAAAGUUUAGACGACGCCGUGGAUUAUGAUGCUGCUAAUGUUAGAUAGCCACCGGUCAAUGUUAGGAAUCAUGUGCUAGUCCUUAUUCUUCAAGGGUUUGAAGCGUAAACAUAUGUGUAGAUUUUAUACAUCCAAGUAUUGUUCUGCUUGACAAAGAAACGUGUUAGUCUAAAAGAUUAGAAAUGUGUAACAAAGGUCAGUAGCUGGUGUGCGUCAAAUUGAUAAUACAAGAAGUGUGGAAACUGUCAGCUGGGAUCAGUUUCUGUAGACAGAUAUUUACAUGAAAAGUGUAUGUGUGUUUAUUCAUUUAUAAGUUGUCUCCUUCUUAUGUUUUACCUUGUGUUUUUACUGCAUGUUUGGACAUGUAAGUCAAGUAUUUUUUCGCCUUUUGUUAGCUAAAGUAGACAGAAUGAUCUGAAGGUGUUCAGCUGUCUCCUCAAAGCACAACAUCUGAUACCAUCAGACAUUUUCCAGUAGCUUUGUGAUCAUAAUAGAGCAGAGAGAACCUGUUUUGAGUGACCUGAAGUGACGCCUUGUCCCUGUGCCACAUACACACUUCCCUCUGACUGUUAUAUUAUUUUGUAUUAGCCACUGUACAUAGCUGCCCGCUGCUCAGAAGCUUUUCUAUGUGUUGGGAUUAUAAUUCUAAAAUGACUCUUUGACCACAGCCGGGCUCCACCAUCCCCACCACCCAUGGCCAGGGCUGCGCCUCCUCCCUCCUACGCCCCUGCUCCCAUGCAUGCCCCCCCAUCGGCUGUGGGCGCUCCUGCUGCGGCACCCAGGCAGCCAGGUAUGUUCGCCCAGAUGGCAACCACAGCAGCCGGAGUAGCCGUGGGCUCUGCAGUUGGACACACCCUUGGCCACGCCAUGACUGGAGGGUUCAGUGGAGGCAACUCUGAGUCUGCCAGGCCCGAUGUCACAUAUCAGGUAAAUAGAAUUUGGUUCAGGAGGCCAUACGACUGUUAAUCUGCAGGGGAGGAUUAGUGUGUCUGACACACGGAAGGAAGGACUUUAGUGACCUAAAAAAACAAACAAUGAAACAAACAAACAACAGGUGUGAGUGUGGGAGUAGGUAGUGCAGAAGUUGUAAUGAAACAAGUACCACAUUUGCUCUACUCUGCAACUCUUUAAAAACUUCAUGAUGGCCAAAAACAUUCAACAGUUUGAGGCUGGUUAGGUGAAUAGUCAUGUAUAUCCUUCAGCUGCCUUCAGCCAGAUCUCAUCAGGUUUUCUUACCUGUAGUAUUUGCUUUUAUUCCGGUUUCAGUAGCAUUCUUGUGUAUUUGUGUAGUAAACACUUUUAAGGAUUUAGAUUUACAUUUGUAGAAGAAACCAUAAGAAAGCAUCCAUGUUCAGAAAAUGAGAAAAACUAAAAAUGACUUGCUUUGUAGUUUUGGGGGGCAAAAUCAGAAUCAGAAUGUCCUUUAUUGUCAUCAUAUUAAAAGUACAAUGAGAUUGGAGAGCUUCUCCUUUUCCAGUGCAAUAGACAAGUAAAAAUAAUGUAGUAAAAGAACAAAUAGUUGUAAGAAAGAAGGUACUAUAUGUACAAGACAAGAAUUCUACAGAACAGUAAAAUAAAAUGUAUGUAUAAGAAUAAAAUAGAAAGAUAAAAACUAAAGAGAAUAAUAAAAAAAAAAAAUAUAUAUAUAUAUAUAUAUGUGUGUGUGUGUGUGUGUGUGUGUGUGUGUUUUAAUAUAUGGAUAUAUGUACAUUUUUUUAAUAUGUAUAUGGACAUGUAUUGCACAGGUUAAGGAUAUAAUAAUCAACACAGCAGCAGUAGCAUUGGUAAUAUUGCACUUGUUACCUCAUCUUGAGGGCUGGAGCUGGUUUAUGGGAAUUUAAGAUGGUGAUGGCUCGAGGGAAGAAGCUGUUUUUGAGAAAAUAAAUUGCUGCAAAAGCCUGUUCUUUGAAUACAAUGUUAAGUAGAUGUGGAAGGAUCUCAUCAUCUUACUUUCAUCCUCCAGGAGCCGUAUCAACCCAUGUAUCAGCAGCAGCAACCAUCCAUGUACCAGCAGGAGGCUCCUCAGCAGCAGGCGUGCUCUUAUGAGCUUAAACAAUUCAUCGAGUGUGCUCAGACCCAGAGCGACCUCAAGCUCUGUGAGGGCUUCAGUGAGGUGCUCAAACAGUGCAAGUUUGCUAACGGUGAGUUUGAUAUAUUUUUGCGAAACUAAACAUAAUUUUGUUUAUGACAGUAUUAUUUUAUACCUAAAACAAACCAAGUAUAACGUAGAAUUCAUUAUGAGUUUAACUUAUAAUUGGGAAAUACAAUAUCCAUAAAUGCAAAAUGAAAACAAGAUAGUUGUAGUAAAAUCAUUACUUACGAGAAUAAAGUCAACUUUAUUCUCACAAUGACUUUAUUUUCAUAAGUAAUUACUUUAUUAGACUUAUUAGUAAGUAAGUAAUUAAGAAGUCUUAAUUUUUUUUUCUUAAUAUGGCUCCAAUACUGCGUUGUACAUUUUAUACUAAGAUUUGUUUGUUAAUUUUUUUUUUUUUAGCAAGAGUCACCCAAUAAUGUUUGAUUCUUGUUCCAGUUUUAUGGUGCAUCUACAGUCCAUACAAUCUUGCAGUAUGUCGUUCCUGUAAUGAUUAAUGCACCACUGUUGAAAAGGAGGCUUUGCAUCAGCACUUAGUCAUCAUUUAAUGCUCAGAAUGAUUCUGAUGUAAUGUUUUGCAGUACUCCAUAUGGCCACACGGUAGAGUUAUUGCUUUAUCAAUGCUUCAUAUAACUAUUUUCUUUCCUUUGACUAUAAAAAAACAAUGGAAAACAUAUCUAAUUAAUAUAACAUUUCAAUUUUUUUGCAGGAAUGUCAUGA